AUGGCUGCAGCUCUAAGCGCGCUGGACGAGAACCACGGCAAGCCGCUGACACAACAUGCAAAAGACCACAACAGCUACACGCUGGGGCGCAUAGGGGAGCACAACAUUGUGAUUGCGUGCCUCCCGGCCGGAGGUUACGGGACAAUCAACGCCGCCCACGUGGCGAGCCAGAUGGUCGUGAGCUUUCCGCAGAUACGGUUCGGCCUGCUAGUCGGCAUUGCCGGCGGAAUCCCAAGCGCGCAACACGAUAUACGGCUGGGCGACAUUGUUAUAAGCAAACCGGAGGGCAUCCUAAGCGGUGUAGUGCAGUAUGACUUUGGCAAGGUCCGCGAUGGUGACCUUUUCGUACGCACGGGGAACCUGGCGAAGCCGCCCCCGGUGGUGCUCAACGGCCUCGCCAGCCUGCAAACCCAGUACGAGCUGGGCAAAGGACGAAUCGCUCGGUGCCUCCAGAAACUGUUUCAGGAUGAAGACGGAAGCGACAAGCUGACACACGAGUAUGUGUAUCCAGGGGCGGAUAACGACAGGCUAUUCAGGGCAAGUUACAGACACCUGGACGACACGGCGACCUGCGACUCCUGCGAGUCCGAGGAAGAGGUACAGCGCGAGGAGAGGACCACCAGUGACCCCAUGAUCCACUACGGCACAAUCGCCAGUGGGAACAGGGUGGUGAAGAGCGCCGAGGAGCGUGACAAGGAGGGAAGUCUGCUCGGCGCGCUCUGCUUCGAGAUGGAGGCCGCCGGCAUCAUGGACAACUUUCCGUGUCUCGUCAUACGGGGCAUCUGCGACUACUCCGACUCGCACAAGAACAAGCGCUGGCAGCGCUACUCCGCCGCAACCGCCGCAGCCUACGCCGUCGAGUUUCUCUGCCACAUUUCGUCCCACGACGUGCGCGACACGCCUGCCGCAACCGAAGCGAGUUCCAACGACAGCAACGACAGCAACGACAGCAACGACAGCAACGACAGCAACGACAGCAACGACAGCAACGACAGCAACGACAGCAACGAAAGCAACGACAGCAACGACAGCAACGACAGCAACGACAGCAACGACAGCAACGACAGCAACGACAGCAACGAAAGCAACGACAGCAACUCGGGACCGUAG